CACAGGACUAGAAUCCGGAGCAGCAGCGCGCAGUUGCCAGCGGGACUGCGGGGGAGGCGGCCGGAAUGCCUCCCACGCCUCCGGAACAAACUGGAGGCGGAAUCCCGGUGGGGGGCGCAGCUUCUUCAGACUUCCCCUUCUUACUUGCGCGCAAGUAGCGGCCGCAAAGAGCCACAGCGCGCUUCGUCUUUGCGCGAACGCCGCUUUCCUCCUACUGAGAGUCUGGGACCCACCUCCUGGUGGGAUCCGGGCUCCGACGCCAAGGGGCGCAGGAUUCCAGCUGCUGCAGUGCCGGGGAUGCUGAAUCGCAGCUAAGUAAGAAGCCUCUAAGUAAGAGAGGGGGAGGGUUGCCGGUGCGUCCCAAAGCGAUGGCGCAGGGCGGCGGAGACUGGCAGCGCUUGGACUCGCAGACGCUCCUGCGAAGCAGCCUCCGCGUCCUGCGCGGUAAGUGGGAGCAGCAGCAGCAGCCGGGGAUGCUCCCGGAGAGCGACGAUCGCGCUGGGGAAGAGGCGGAGGAGGAGAAGCAGACAAUGACGACGCCCAGCGCCUUGGAGGCCCUGCCGAUAGAUGUGAAAUUAUACAUUAUGUCCUUCCUCACACCCAAAGAUCUGAGUAAUUUGGGAAACACCAAUCGCUACUGGAGUCUAACAAUCCAGGAUCCCUUACUAUGGCGUUAUUUUCUCAUUCGCAAUCUUCCUUCCUGUCAUUCUAUUGAUUGGGAGUCAGUCCCUGAUGCAAACAUAUUUAAUAAAUCCUUUUCUGAUAGUGCCUCAUGUGACUACAUGGCUGCGUACAAAAAGUGUUGCUCCUGGCGUAAAAGAUGUCCAAAACCCAGCCAGCCCAUUUCCGGAUCUGUCACUUCCAUGUUACAGUCGCUGAUCACACAGACAGAGCCUCGCUUUGCAAUGUUUGGGCCGGUGUUGGAAGAGCUGGACGACUAUUUGCUGUACAGAAUGGCGGCGUGUCCAGAGAUUUGGCCGCUGGCUGGUUUUCCUUCUGGACAAUUGCAUGGGAUAGAAUCAGGAGUCACAUAUCAUUUGAAUGGCCAGAAAUUCAAUAUUACACUAUGUACAGAAACCAUUGAGGAAAGUCUCGGAGCAAAGGAAGAGGAUACCAAGGUGUUCUCUGCGGAGCCCAGGGUUGAUAGGAAAAUGCAUUACAGUCUGAACAAACAUUUAAAAACCGUGUGCAGACUAAUUGAUGGGUUCAUCUAUGUUGCAUAUGCUGACACUCGUGAAAGACACCACCGUCAACUUGAAUUUGACUGGCUGGUGGCAAUGCUUGACCCAGCCCUUGGCCCUACAGAUAGGCCUCUGCUUGUCCUGUCCUGCGUUUCCUGUGCUGCGAUUGAGAGGAUUCCUUGUGUUUACAUGGCGCAUCAGCUGCAGCUGAACCUGCUUGGCCCGCAGCCAUGGAUGGUUCAGGACACCGAAAUUUCCACCUUGGAUGGACUGGUAGAUGGAAUUCAGUGGCUACUGGAACAAACCAAAUGUAAAAAUGCCCAGUAACCAGCCUUGUUUACAUUCAGUCGCAUAUACAUUACUGCAUACCCACUUGUGGCAAGGAGAAUGUCUCUAUGUCCUUGGGUACGGAUGGGUGAAUAAAUUUCUCCCUGGCACACGUGUGUCCACAGUUUCUCCCACUGAUGUUUGUCUACUCUGAUAAGUUACCACUUGGUAAAUGAAUACUCAGACCUAAUACUAAGACAUAAGAAUCCCCCACUACAACAACUCUGUCUAAUUGGGAUUCAACUUCACUUUACUGGCCCCCAUACAGUCCACCAUAGCUUCCAGGUCCAACACCGUCGCAGGCCGAAAAGCACACCCAGUUCAGAUGGAAUGGGAAAACAGAGCCGUGUGUCAUCAACAUAUUGAUAAUAUAGUGACAAUAUUUUUAUAACACUAUGCUGUUUCAAAAUUCGUAAACAGAAGACAUAUAAUAUGUGCAUGGAGUCACAAACGAAUAAGAAUCAAAUAUAUGUUCCAUGAACAGGAAUGGUAGGAGUGGUAAGUCACUGUCAAAGAUGACUGAAAUGGAGGCAGAAUGCCUUUCCACAGUCAACAUCCUACAAACGCGAGAUGAUGGGUGCUCCAAAUGUCGCAACAGGGUGCUCCAAGCACAGCAGCAGACAGUACAGUUCUUCCAGGAUAAUGAACUGCUUCAAUGAUAACAGCUAACAAUAAUAUGGAAUGAAAACCAUUACAUUCAAUUACAGUCCAGUGAAAGAAAUGACAGGCCUGCAUGUUAACCAACCAAUAAUAAACACAUACCAAAUUAAUAGUCCCCAAAGGUACAUCAGAUGGCCAUGGAUCAGCUAUCACUAAAAAGUGUAGUAAGCUGAUAAUGAAACAGACUGAAAAGAGUCUUGAUCAUCUGCUUUCUCCAGGGGCACCUACAAGUCAGCCCCAGACCCUCCUGCCUGUCUCUAGUUGAGGUCUGUGUUUAGAUGUACCUCGAUCCAACCAGCCUAAUCAUUCACAUAUAGCAGCUCCUUUGCCAGUCGAGCUCUUGAUUGAUGCCAGGAGAACAAGGCUGGGAACACAACUGUUGAAGGCUUUAGAACUGGCGAAAGGUUUUGCGACUGCAGUUAUACUACUGCAAUGUGUUCAGCAAAUCUAGAGUUUGUUGCACAGAUAUGCCUGUAUUGAGCAAGGCAGGGUUGGAUCAAGGCAUUUUUCUGCCUGAAGCACUUUCCUGCCUUUUCCUGAGAAUCCUUAAGGACA